AUGGGAGCUCCAGUGAGCCCCGAGCGCCCCUCGCUGCAACGACUCAAGGCCUUGGACGCUCUGCCGGACCGCGAUGCACAACUCACAGAAGCCAAGUCAUUGUGCAACCAUGCUGCGCGCGCGGAGAUGAUAACGAAAUGGGUACUGGGAAAGCUCAAAUCACAAGCCGGAUUGCGCGAGAAAGACGGCCCGUGGGAUCUGCUGUCGUUCUGCUGUCGACUCCUUUCACCCCACAAGAUUGCGGUACUUCUUGGCUCGAAUGGCCUCUUCGACAUUGUACACACCACCUUCUCAGCAGCAGACUUGACGGCCCGCGCCUUGAUAGCCAUUGGCGGCUUUGUCCAUCUGCUGUUCGAGCUUGGUCAAUCCGUGCAUGGCGCCGCGAUCAAAUCUUUCCUCAGCAUUGCCAGUACUAUAGCAGCGACCAUCUGCGGCAAAUGGCUCCACAAUGUGCACUUGCUAACCCAAGACACUCAGUUUGGUGCUGAAAGUGAUGCUUUGUAUCUCUAUACGGACGCGAUAUUGCAGCUAUGGACAUCAAGAAAGCCCAGUGCUCAGGACGACGAGUUGUUCAACAAUAGCUGCUUGGUCGAUGCUCUGGUCAUCGUAUCAAGAUUGCGGGAUUCUGAUGCGCUGGGAUCACAAAAGCGCAAAAGAAGCGGUGCGCAUGCCCGUAUCUCUCGCGAGCGAGCAGAUUCACUGGAGCGACACAUCGCGAAGCACACCAUACUUCCUGCGAGAGCAGCUUUCUUCAAGCAUCGCCAACAGCAAGCGAGGAAGCCGCGCAUCAAGGCUUCUGCUGAAGAGCCCCAGUCGAUCAAGGAGAGACUCGGCUCUCUCAAGAUGGCUAUCUGGAGUGCUUCUGACGGGAAUGCUCUGCACUCUGUGCCUCUUGUACUCGACAUAGCUCUGCGAUCAAAGUCCGCGCCAACACCAAGAGAUCGGAUGAAUGAGAGACCGUGGCUCGAGGAACUCUGGAUCGCGCUUCGUGGCUGCUUUUCAAACCAGGAACGCUCAGUAAAGAACCAGACCCUCGCAGUCUUAUUGCAGACUCUGCGUCAGCAAAGCACAACGAUCUCCCACCAGAUCCUGUCAGCCAUCGUCAAGGAAGAUGUCCUGCCUGCCGAUGACUCUUCUGACUCUGUGGAUUGGUACGUGGCGGCUGGGGUCGUCAACCUCGAUGCAACUAUAUUCAACGACCGAGCGUUGGCGCAGACGCUGUUCGAUCACAUCACCGCAGCUUCAAGCUCUGCGUCACAUGAGGACAAUAACGUCUUAGACAUACGUGACGAUAUCGUGGUCCCCAUCAUGAAGGUGUAUGGCAAAAGCCGGAGCUUGCGCACCUUUAUGGAACUCUGGGGCGAACAACUGCAGCAAGAACAAAAUUUCCAGCCGAAGUCAAUAUGGACCAACAUCAACGACUCCUUUGCAGAGCUGGUAGAAGAAGCCCUUCCACAGGCACAAGUCCUGCUAUCCAUUCACGAUAGUGUCUCUUUGCUACAUGAGACUGCUGCACUAUCUAUGCCAACCCUGAACACCACCCUUGUCACACUUGAAGCUUUGCUGAGAGGCGUACGAGCUGACAGCACAGUCGCAAAGCUACACGACGAGCUUGACGAGCUCCUUGGAAAUCUGUUCACGAUCGUGGAGCUCGAAGCAUUUGAAGUGCACAAAGAGCUUCCGGUCCAGCUGUGGCGGCUUCUAACGCGUGUGGUCGCCAUGUGGUACCCACUUCGGGCGUCGAAGCAGCAGGACCAGGGCGCUAUUGGUGACAGAGGAGCAGCUCUGCUUGCACGGAAGAGUUUCAGGAUCGCACUGGCGCAGAGUACGAUGGCUGACACCGCUUCAGACCGGAGCAAGCGCACCGUUGAAGCUGCUCAGAACUUCGUUGCAACCAUGUGCUGCUUCUUCAAGGAUGUCGAACACAAGCAAUGUAAGACAACAUGCGAGGAAGGUAUAAAGACCUUGAGCAAUCAGCACGAAUUGGCGGUGGAUACUUUCAUCGCACAGCCAAGAAUAUUUCAACAUCUAAAGUCAACAAGACGAAAGAGCCUGUUCUCAGAAGUGGCUCAAGAUGCCUAUGACAGCCCGAAUGUUGAUCAGAUCAGGGCUGUGAUCGCGGCAAGUCGAUCGACCGGCGGUCGAGAGGUCCUUGACGACAUGCUUACAGUUCUGAAAGAGCGAGCCGAGCGACAAGCCGGUCAAUCGAAUGCCAUCCUUCUGUCACCAAUGCAAGACGUCGGUAGCAUCUCUCUCACCAGGGCCCAUCGUGUCGAGCUAUUGAACGUCAUCCUCGAAAUGGAUGACACAGAAGCGAAUCAGCUCCCUGGUCGUUUGGCAAUGAUGCUGGAGCUGGCAUCUCCUCCUUGUUUGGAGGCCAAGCUGUUCGAUGAUGCUCUGGUGGUUUGGGGGAUCUUGUCGUCCUUCGACGCAAGCGGCAUUCUUCUCACGCACGCAAGUGCCACUAUUCUUCUUCUCGAGGAGUUGGUCAACUGCGUAUUGAAAGCUUGGCUCUCGACUCAUCAACGCCAGCGUAGUCGCGAGCUGCUGGCAGACUUCUCCAGAAAUCUUAUCGAACACGCGCAAAGAAUAUCGUCCGGACCGGACAAGACAUCGCCAGCGCACUGUGCUGCAAUUGCGGUCGUAAAGACCGCUAUCAAAGUCCUCGAAGGCGACAAUGCUGCAGUUGUGGCCAGUGACCUGGCGCAUCGAGAGUCGAAACACAUGAGAUCGUAUAUCAAGAACCUCCUUAGCGACGCAGAUACCAUUCUGACGUUAGCUGAACAAGCCGAGCACCGUGUCACAGGCUCAUCUGUUGCAGAACCACUAAGAAAUGUGCUUGAAGCUGUGUCCAGUAUACCUGAGUCUAUCUGGCAUCUGAGCGGACAGCCUUACACGAAAGCUAGUGAAGUCGUUCGCCGCACUGUAGCAGUCCUCGAUGCCCGGAAAACGGACGCUGGCACCAUGGAGAUGGCUAGCUGCACAUCGACUGCCUGCUUUCGUCUCGCAUGCAGGUACUUGCCUGAUGAUCCCGCGCAGCUGACUGUGCUGGCCCACAACGCCCUCCAGCACAAGCUCGACGCUGCGGAAUAUCGCAAGGUCCUUGUGGAGUACGAGGCAAGGAUGAAGAGCUUCGAUCAUGAUAACAAAAUCGAGGCAUUGUUGGAGUUCAAGGCGGCUCGCAGCCUUACUUCGGCACACUCGCUUGCCCUACAACGCGCUGCGCUCCAUUCGUUCACCGCUGAGGAUGUUGAGGCUGACAAGCCCAGAAUGACCGCGAUUUUCCACGACAUCGUGGAAGCAGUAUCGAGCAGUCAUGAUGAACACGUCCAAAGAGCCGCGCUGGUGAUCCUAGCGGAAAUGGCCAAAGAGAAGUCCUCCACCGUCAACCAAUACGCCGUUGAGCGAACCAUCUCGGUCCUCGUCCAGCUCCUCCAGUCAUCCUCCAACACCAACGCAAUCUACGCAAAUGUCUGCAAUGUGCUAGGUGCCCUCUUCGCGCACCAUAGAUCCCGUCUCCAAGGCCGCUUCCACCUCGUCAUCGCCCUACUCCAGACUCUCCUCAGCAGCCUCUUCCACAAGACUGUCGGCACGAAUGAAGCCUCGAUCCGCCACGCUCGCUCCCUCUCCAAGCUCCUCGAAACAUUCUGCAACCCACCUCAAGCACGCCACAGCAAGAAGUCUUCCCACCUCGUAGACGAAGCGCGCAAAGCACAAGCUCACGCCGGCCAGUUCGCACAGUACAUCCUCCACCACUACUGCAGCCAAAUUCUGACCGCAACCUUGGGCGAAGGUGUCAGGGACGCAUUAUCACCUGGCCUCUGGGCUGUAAUCGAAGCGAUAGAGGUAAACAAUGCUGAUGGCAUCAAGAACCUCAGUGCGGCGAUGAACAACAGUGAGAGGGCAGUGCUGCGCUCUGUGUACGAUGAUUGGAAGAGGUUCGGAAAGUGGGAGGGGACGUAG